AUGGGCCGCCAUGCGAGCAGCAAGGGUGCCAGCAGAGCUUGCGGCAAGGGCAAGGACAAGUCGGGCACCUACGUCAGCUGCUCGGCGUGCCGCUACCGCUGGAACUUCAAGUCGAACCAUUGGUGCUACCAGUGCUGCUCGCCGAUGGUGCCGCUCCCGGCUCCCGACAAGAAGCCCGCGGGCCAGUGGUCGUUCGGCCCGCCCAUGCUCGCCUCGAACCCGUUCGACACCUUCGCAGCGGCGGCGCCGCCCGCGGGUGGCCAAGCCAAGGGCCCCCCUGUGCCGCCGAGGGCCGCCAAGGGUGCGCCGAAGGAGCGCCGCCCAUGGGUCUGGCACGGGCCAGGCUGGUACCCGUACGGCGGCGGCCCGCCGCCAGAGGACGUGCGUGAGGCUCCGCGGCCAGCCGACCCUCUCGCGUUGCUCCGCGAGCAGCUGGGGGACUGCGACGAGUUCACGGCCCUGUCCGCCAAGCUGGCCGCGAAGGAGCAGCCUGCCGAGGCCCCGCGCCGCCCGCCCCUCUUGGAGGAGGAGGUCUCCGCGAAGGGGAUCGCGUGCAGGCGAGCGCAGGCUUGGCUUGAGACCUGUGCGCGCCGCGUCAUUGAAGGCGAGGCCUGGCUGGCCGACGCCAAGGAGGCGGAGGAUGCAGCGGCCGAGGCGGCGCGCCAGGCCCAGCAGGGCUCGCUGCGCUUCGUCGAUGGCCCCCUCUUCGACCUGGAGGGCCUCGAGGUAGACGAGACGGAGCGCACGGAGUGGGCCCGCAUCAAGGGCGAGCUCGCCACCAGCGUGCAGGCCAAGGUUCAGGAGGCCUUGGGGCCUGCCGCUCAGCAGAUCCUCAAGCUGCGAGAGGAGGCCCAGGCUCUCCACGCCAGGCCCUGCGAGCUGCAGCCAGGGCUAGGGGCACGGCUGCCACUGACGAGAAGAAUCGGGACACGCAAGGAGUUUAGCGCCUGUGAGUGCACCGACACCGCCACGUACGGCGGCUUGCCGCUCCCGCACUACGGGGACAUCUUCCUCACGAAGGAUGAAGAGCUCGCCUUCUCCCCCGACCUUGAGGUCUACGGCCGCUACAAGUUCAGCACCUCCCAGAGCGAUAGCGACUCUGAGUUCGAGCGCAGAGCGGUCCAGUGCAAGGAUCAGGACCCUGCCAGCUCCCUGGCAGACCCUGCACUGCAGACCCUUGUGCAAGAGGCCGCUGAUUCAGCAGGGCAUGACAACCUUGCGGUCGCCCAGCUGGACAUGGCCAGGCAGAUUUGCGAGCGAGCGUGGCAUGCUCGCCGUCGCCAGCGGCAAGCUUAUCGUGAUCACCUCAACAGCCUCCACGACAUCGACUACGAUGACUGGCAGGAAGAGUUGGCUCGCAAUGCCCUGGGUUACAUCGACACGCGUC